UCCGGCUAAAGGAAGACUCUCACUUAAAACGUGCCGUGAAGAACAACAGGAAGCGCUUAACUUAGAAAGAUGAACUGCAGAAUCCCAGUCACCGUGGCUGUCUUUUUCCUGGCUCUGACUGUUCUCUCUGAAGGCAUUGAGCUGCGCUGCCAAUGCAUUAAAAAGGAGUCUCGUUUCAUUCAUCCCAGACGGCUUCUUAACGUUGAGCUGUUCCCCAGUGGGCCACACUGCAAAGACGCAGAAGUCAUUGCAAGUUUGAAAACUGGUGAGAAAAUCUGCUUGGAGCCAACUGCCCCCUGGGUAAAGUUAAUCAUCAAGAAGAUCUUGGAAAGCUCCCAGUCAAAAUCAAGAGUGAAAAGAGCGAGCCAGUAAGAAGAUGACCAUAAUGCUCUUCUGAGAGUGCUUAUUUAUGAACUUGUAUAUUUAUUUAUAACUUCAUUGUUAAUGCUGUGUACUAAUUUAUGAGCUGGAAUUGGAACACGUUAACACAUAGCUGGCCUGUGUGGAUCCAUUGUGAAGGAUUUUCUAAUAAUGUCUGUUGCUUCUAAUGGAAACUCAAAUAAUAAUGAUUGUGAAGAAUAAAGUGGAGACAAGCACUGCUGGGGAUAACAUAAGUGUAAUGUUAUCAUGGUGAUCAAUUGUAUUUGUAUUCUGUAUUAUCAGAAUUUUCUUUAAUGAUAUUAAGCACUUUGAAGUGACUCUGAAGCUUUUAUAUUUCUGCUGAAAGAGAUCAAACUGAAACCUGAUUAAUUAGUCAGAGGUGUAGCACAUCAUUGUGCAAAUCUACUGUAUUGGUUUUAUCGAUACACCAAAAGCUGACUAAAUGUCAGAUUUGUUGUUUCACUAGUUUAGACAAGUGAGCACUGUACAGUACAUGUUAAUGAUUAAUUGUAUUUAUGAAUGUAGUUUUACUGAUGUUUGUAAAGUGCAUAUUUAUUGACAAUUUUUAAUAAAAAAUG